CUGACCGUUAAUCCUUGUAGAUGCUAUUUCAGCAGUCGCUGCUGUCGAGACGACGCGAAACGCUUGUUGUAAGAGCGCUGUGUGAGCUCGCAGGCGCGCCAAGUUUGUUUUGUUACUGAGACCGCUAACCAAACAUAAUUAAUAUCAUAAAACUGUGCUCAUGUAAUUUGCGUGUGUUUGCAUUGUGAAUGAAUACAGAUCGAAGUGAGUGUGUAUAAGCUAGAAAUGAAAGUGAAUGACACCUGAUGACUAGUUACUCAACAAGCUUGGAUUAAAAAAUAUGAGUUCACCUUCGAACCAAAUUCCAGGUUCUACUGCAGCCAGGUGUCGAAGCAGCAGACCGAAACUCUGCACGCGUAACCACUGCCUAAUCUACAAGAGAGACCAUCAGGGGCUUCCGCCUCCACUUAAAUUAGGAGAAGACGUAUGAAAACAACACGGAAGACCUGUCCCAUCCACUGUAGACUUAAGACAGCUUACUUGUAUAUACCAGUCCAAUCAGAUAUCACAUUUUUUUACCUCUUGGAAUGGAGUUCACAUUUUCUACGUCACGUUGCUGGCCUGAGCAUCAAAGUGUAAAGCCGAAGUGAUAUAAGUUUGAGCUAGAAGUUUGAUUUAAUUAGUCACGAUUAUAAUAUCUGUUUUUAAUAAAAUAAAGAGAUGCUGUUUAAACAAGUUAGAAUGGCUCUGAUAGGAAUGUGCAGUAACACUUUAAGCCCUGGUCCAGUAGUAAAAUAAUCAUAGUGACAAAACAAUGGCGUGAAAAAUAAUUUUCUUCUAAUUGUGUCUCGUCGUAUUUGCUUGAUUUGAGUGGCUGUGUGUUGUGUCAGCAGUGAAAGUGUGGAUGACGUCGUCACUAAAUGGCUGCGUAUUUAUCGGACGUCGUCAUAUAGAGACGCCGGCGUAUCGUGACAGCCAUGUUAAAACAUAUGCCGACAGGAGUGACGUCAUCCUCUACAGCAAUGAUGAACGGUGGGGCUCACCAUCCAGGGUCCAGAACACAGCCGGACGGCGUCGUCAUGAUGACAGAUCUGCCGCCCCCUGUCACACACGCUGGUCGGCUUCGUGGUGGUCCAACUAUUCUAUCUCAGCACCAACCCCAGCUGAAUCUCAGCUUGAACCUUUCUCAGAGGUUAAACCACUCCCACGCUUUGAAUGUCUCUACUCUUAGUACGUCGAAACAUUCCUUGGGGAACUCUAGUGGGGUGAGUCCCGGGGGUGGAGGAGGGGGUAACACAACUGUGAACAAUAUAACAAUGAAUGGACCUGUUAGUCAGGUUGUAACUCCGCCAAAAAUAGCAAAUGGAGGUUUACAUAUCUCCAGAGGCCGUACCACAAGUAUAAGUGGUGGAAGCACGCUGAUUCCAGCCAAUGUAUCCCGGUUCAUGACCCGGUCGAAGGAAGCCGGGAUCAAAGAGAUGCUGACGUCGCUAGGUCUACUGUGCCUGGUGUCACUCUUGCUUGCACUUCUGUCGCUUAUCUUCCUGCUCAAGAUUUCGCCGAUGUCACCUACAGGGAUGAGGGACAUGCGCAGAACGGAACAGCUGACGAUCAUCUCUGCCGAAGAGUAUGUCGUCGUGUACGAAGUCACGCUGGCACUUUGUGCUCUCACACUUUCCCUGAACCUGUGUUGCCUUCUGGUGUGCGCUAUCCAGUUCCUCUUCGCCGUGAAGCUCGUGAAGUCCCCGCAAGGAGGCCACAGGACGAAUAAGUACCUGCAAAAAUCUUCCAUCACUCGCGUCUGUGCUGUGGGUGGAUUCUUCAUCUCUAUCCCUGUAUUUCUUACAGGCAUCAUUCUGUAUACGUUUAUCCAGUUUCAUUCCACUCCAGCCAUUGUGACCAGUGUGUUUAUUGGCCUGGGUAUCAUCUUCUGUGGAUGUGCGAUGGUCCACAAUGUCUUUAUCUGGCAGAAGGAGAAAACCAACGCAGUCCGGGCACUGGCUCAGCAACACCGUGAACGAGAGCAGCAGCAACAAUCUUUAAGGCAGCCAACACCACCUACACCUGUAGACUUGAACAAACAAGCAGCAUGUCACCCUCGGGAUGCAAGUGGCAGUGUAAGCCCUGGGGUGCCAGCUGCGACUCUUGAUCUUAGCUCUGUCACAACUGCUGCUUCACCACAUGAACUGUCUACAUUGGUGUGACAAGUGACAUUCACAAAUACAUAAAAGAAUUUCUACCAUGGCUGCCAUGUUACUGCAUCAUUCUUAAAAUGCCAGUAAAACUGAUACAAACUUUCAUGCACAUUAAAAUCAGUCAUCAUGAACCAGAGAAGUGGAUUUUAAUGGGGAAGUAAAUAAAACAUCAAUCAAACUCAUAAUUAAUAUAAAAAAGAAAAAUAUGAUGCUUCUUUAUGAUAGAGCCUAUAAAAUAUACAUUUCCUCUGUGAAAGUACUUCUAAUAGGAAGUGGGGGAAAAAUAAACAAAAUUUCCCUUUAAAUAAAAUUUGUUUUCUCACAUGAGUGAACGUUAAGAUUAUGGUUUUCUUAGGUGAUCCCAUAUAGUUGGCAGAUUGGUACCAGGAAUUUGGAAGAACUCGCUGCCUCCAUUUCAGACUAGAAAAGAGUGAAAAUUGAGAUAGCAGUUCCCUCUAAACAGAUAUUACCUAACUAUCAUACAUGGCAUCACAUAUUAGAAGACUAUAAUCUUUUUCUUUUAAAAUGUGUGUAAUGAAUCAAAACCAUGUUCCAGGCAUGGCUUUUGAACCAGAGCAUUUCUUAACAGACAAAAGUCUUGGUAUCAAGGUUCAAUAACACAGUACACUGCCUUCCUGUUAGCUUGCAAUAAUUAUAAAAAACAUGAACACUAAAUUCAGCUACAUUUGAAUACUGGAUUAUUUUAUGAAUUGAUUUAAUAAAAGUUAUUGUUAUGUACUUCUGUCUGGGAGAAAUGUGGGUAAUUAUAAACAGCUGGAAGGAAUGGAAGAAACAGUGUCUUUUGUUCAUCUUCAUUUGUCACAGGUUUCUUGACCUACCUGGAUCCAAGACUUCAAAAACUAAUCAAACCUUUCUGUUUAAAGAUCAUUCU